AUGGAUUGGCGACUACUCGACUACGCCAAGGAGGCUGAAGAGACCGCCAAUGGCCUUCUCGGGUUCGAGAAUGAGAUCCCUCAGUAUCGCAAGGACAUCAGAGGCUACAUGGCCGAGCUGUAUGCCAUAUCGCAUGCCCUACGCGAGUUGCACGACGCACUCGGCUCUGUCCACUAUGGCAGAUAUGCAGGCUACAUCAUCAAGGACCUCGAAAUAUGUCUCCCCAGCCUAGGCUACACGCUUGACGACGUGCAGGGCAUCUUCAACAAGUCCAAGAGAAGCCGGCACGCAGCCCCAGGCGCGUUCCCAGGCACGCCACCUUAUGCAAUCAUAUGGGAGGAUGCCCUCUCAGACUUCAGGACGCAGGGUAUGUCCCUGCCCCAGCGGUUCGAGACUGUCAGGAUGUAUCUGCAGGGUAUGCAUGAUACGUUGAAAGGGGUUGAAAACGACGUUGAGCUGGCAAACUUCAAAGUCACACUGUCAAAAUUGCUCAAGAAACAGAAGCCGAUAGAUUCCUACUUCAGCAAACUCUCGGUGCAGGGCGGCACAAGUGGUGCCAAAACGCCAAAGCCAUCAUCUCCCAAAGCCAACAGACCCAAGAUACAUAGUCAUCCUACAUAUCCCACUGCCCAGCACGCGUAUCCGCAAUCGCCACCGCCACUCCCACAUCGAGCUCAUAUUGCACCAACAUGGGGUGGCAUAGGUGACAUACCCUUUGUCCCGCCACCUGUGCCUGAGAUCCCCCAGUCGCCCACGUAUUCGUCCGCAUCAUCACAAGCCUUCUCGGCACAAUCGACCGAUUCCGAGCCUGUCGCACACUGGUCGAUGAAGAUAUUCGAUGGUCGCCACGGUUCAACGCCAUUUGCAACGCUGGGAGAGCCUACUGAGUGCUUUGGAAGAAAUGAGCCCCGUGUCAUCGAAAUGCUGCAGGACGACGGAUUCGAAAAAGUCCUGGAAUUACCCUUUGAGGCAACGAAUGUGUGGGUGCGAAUGUACUGGAGACCCGAUGACAACCGUGCACGGAUUCUCUUCCUUUCCUUGGAUACCGAGGGGCGCCGCAUGCGAUAUCAGAUCCCGAUUACAGCACUGGCAUUGCGGCGCACAGGGUCAUGUCUACAGCUCUGCCGGGCCAAUCGCCGAGACGGACAACUCGAUUUGUGGGCUAGGUUACGCUUUCCCCUCUAUGAGCGUAUGGUCCUAUUCUACUGUACCGCAAUCGCCAUGAAACGACAAGACCAGACCGUUGUUGCGGAGUCGCUUGUCGACCUCUUCGACCUCGAGAAGAUUGUAUUUAGCGGUGAAACUGUGGACAGCAGGUACCUCCAUGCUUUCCGUAUAUACUACGACGAGAAUUCGGGCUGUGUGCGUUUCGAAGCUACCGCUCGUCGAGGCCCAAUGAACACCAUACCCAUUUGGACUGCCUUCGUAACCCAAUAUGUUGGACGGAGGGACUGGAUGAAGCGUGUCAGCCCUGACACGAUACAAUUUGAAAAGAUGCAUCCGUACGUGUUCUGCGACAGCUAUAGGCUGCCCAAGGGCCCUUCCGGUAAAUACCGGCUCACAUUCACAACGGCUGAAGACGCAAAACAAUUCAGAGACAGCUUCUAUCGCAUCAGGAUCGAGUGA